AUUCGCACUUUAAUCAACACCGCCAAGAUGUACGCUAGCUUCGUUCUUACAUUUUCGACCUUGAUUGCUUCAGUUGUUACUGGUGCCGUCAUCAACCCUAGAAACGGAAGCCCUUGGUCAACAGUUAAGGGCCAUCGCCUCGUCUAUCAGUUCAGUAAUGGAACAUCGGUCGAAAACAUUGCUGUCCGAUCUAAUGGAAACCUCCUCGUCACCCUGACUGACAGACCGGAGCUAUAUGAAGUCAAUCCAUUCAACCCAAAGAGUGCAAAGCUGAUUCAUCGCUUUUCGGAAUAUCUUAGCCUUCUGGGUAUAACAGAAGUGUCUCCAGACGUUUUUACGCUCAAUGCAGGCAACUUUACAGCUGAAACCGGCCCCGCUCCAGGAUCAUGGGCAGUCUGGCAGGUAGCUUUCCACAACGACCAGGCUAAAGUCUCAAAGGUUACCGAUAUUCCUGAAGCUCAGUUCCUGAAUGGCAUGACGACCCUGGAGUCUACGCCCAAUACUAUUCUUACUGCAGAUUCAACUGGAGGAGUGAUCUAUUCUGUAAACACGCAAACAAAGGUGUACAAACUGGUGCUUGACAAUGAAGCAUUUAAGCCUACCCCAGGGGCUCCGCUACCCAUCGGCCUCAACGGGAUCCGAUAUCUUAACCAUUACGUUUACUACACAAACUCGUUCAACCCUAUCUUUGGACGCGUGCCUGUCAGCAAGUCUGGAUACGCCACCGGAAGCUACAAGACAAUCGUUGCAGGAGUCUUCGGUGAUGACUUUGCGGUCACACCUCAAGCAGCAUAUAUCGCUGGCAACCCACUCAACGUGCUCACCGAGGUGAAGCUAGACGGAGAAAACAAAGUUAUUGCAGGAAAUCUCAACUCGAGUCUUAUUGCCGGAGAUACCUCAGCCGCCUUUGGCAGAACAAUUCGGGAUAAGAAUGUUCUUUAUGUUGUCACUAGUGGCGCCACGUUCAGCCCCGUCAAUGGCACAUAUACUGAGGGUGGAAAGAUUGUGGCAUUGCAAAUUUAAGGGUGUGGGUGUCGUCUCUGGACAGCUUCGUUGAUUGUCAAUUCUUCACUAUAUUUGGUUCGAUGAGCUUGCAACCUCACUUUUACUUGAUGGAGACAAGGGACUGACAAGGAUCAAUAGGCUAGAUGGCCACUUGCCCCGAAGUCGAUAGAAUUGACUUGUUCAUGAUCUACAUUCCAGAUAGAUUAUAUACUACAGAAAAUUUAGAUGGAAUUCCAU